CCAAAAAUCCACAAGUUCAAUAUCUCUCCUCUAGUACUCCUGCAAACAACAGCUAGCUAAACAAAGUUAUCUAAAGUUAUUGUUUGUUCUAUUUAUUUUAAUUUAUAUUUCUUUCAAUCCAAGGAAAAAAAAAUGAGCAGACCAGGAGACUGGAAUUGCAGGUCAUGCCAACACUUGAACUUUCAAAGGAGAGACUCAUGCCAGAGAUGUGGUGAGCCAAGACACGGUGGUGCUCAUGAAUUUGGAAGUUGUUUUGGCGGAAGAGGAGGAGGAAGCUCCUCCCCUUUCGGUUUCAGUACCGGGCCUGAUGUAAGGCCCGGUGACUGGUACUGCAAUGUUGGGAAUUGCGGUGCACACAACUUUGCAAGCCGCUCUAGCUGCUUCAAGUGUGGUGCUUUUAAGGAUGAAUCCUCUGGCGGUUGUGGUGGUGGUAGUGCCAGCUUUGACGCCGACCACAUGAUGUCAUCGCGCCCGAGAGGCUUCGCCUUCGGAGGUGCAAGUGGCGGAAGCCGCUCUGGAUGGAAGUCUGGUGACUGGAUUUGCACCAGGUUAGGGUGUAAUGAACACAACUUUGCCAGUAGAAUGGAGUGUUUCAGAUGCAAUGCACCUAGGGACAUAGCUGGUAACAAGUCUUCAUAUUAGUUAUCAUUGAUUCUCCAUUUUUGGGUGUUGCAGUCUAAGAGAGAAUCAAGCUAGAAAGACGUGAAGAAGAUCUUCUCUUUUUGCACUAUCAAAAUCUACCUGCUCUUUUUUUUUUCCUUUUAAUAUUUUGAUAUUUAUAUUAUUCACUUGUAGGAAUCUUUUAGAUGAAUUAUGAUCUCAAAGAAAAAAAGAAAAAAAUAUAUCCGAGUGGAGCAGAAUAUCUUUAUUUUGCGAGCUUUAUUAGGUAUUUUAAUUUUAAAUGUAGCUUUUGUACUUCUAGCUGCUUGUUUCAAGCUAGUAUUUAGUAGCAAUGUGUGUUAUGAAAA